CAAGCGCGUCAUAAAUAGGUACCUACCCAAAAUACCUACUGUCUGACGUUGUUUAUAUUUGAGCUUAUUUAAGUAUCUUUUCCGUCGUAAUAGUGAUUACGGCAUUAAAAUAUUGCGAAAAAUACAAUAAAUUUCAAGUUCAUUGACAGAAAGUGAGAAUGUGUUUAAUUAUGCGUUGAAAGUUACAAUAAAACAAUGUCGAAUAAUACUGUCGGCUCGUCGGGGCCAGCUCCCGGCAAAAUACGUGGUCCUGGUAGACCUCCGAAACGUACUUGUACAUGGUGUGCUGAAAGUAAGACUCCGUUAAAAUAUGUUCUACCGACGGAAAAUGGUAAAAAAGAGUUUUGCUCCGAAACAUGUCUCUCAGAGUUCAGACAGGCGUACAGCAAAGGCGCGUGUCUACAUUGUGACACAGUUAUACGCGGUAAUGUACCUUCUAGCAGCAAAAAUUUCUGCUCUACGCAUUGUUUGAACAUUUAUCAGAAGAAAAAUGAAAAACGUACCACAUCACCACAGUCUGGAAACGGAGCAAACGGAACUGAAAGUAAUUCUAACAACAAUUCUACGGGUUCAUUUUAUGAUAUUUACCAACCUUUUGACUGGACUGAAUACAUGAAAGAAACAAACAGUGUACCCGCACCUCAAGAAUGUUUUAAACAAGCACCAAUGCCACCUAUCAAUGAUUUUAAAGUUGGGAUGAAGCUCGAAGCAUUGGAUCCCCGUAAUCUGACAUCAACAUGCAUUGCAACUGUUGUUGGUGUUUUGGGUCCAAGGUUGAGACUGAGAUUGGACGGAAGCGAUAAUAAAAAUGACUUUUGGCGACUCGUUGAUGCUGGAGAUAUACACCCCAUAGGACACUGUGAAAAACAUGAUGGAAUGCUACAACCUCCACUCGGCUUUCGCAUGAAUGCAAGCAGUUGGCCUAUGUUUUUGCUCAAGACUUUGAAUGGAGCCCAAAUGGCUCCUGCUAAAGUAUUUCAAGAUGAGCCACCUACUCCCAAAUCAAAUUUAUUUUUUGUUGGUCAAAAGUUGGAAGCAGUUGAUAAAAAGAACCCGCAGUUGAUAUGCUGUGCAACAGUUGGAGCAGUUAAAAAUGACCAAAUCCAUGUUACAUUUGAUGGUUGGAGAGGAGCAUUUGAUUACUGGUGUAGAUAUGAUUCUAGGGAUAUAUUCCCUGUAGGGUGGUGUGCUCGAGCAGGUCAUCCUUUGCAGCCACCUGGUCAGUGCUACAAAAGUGCUACAACUCCAUCAAGGUUUAAACUUAGACCUACUGGUAUACCUAAUCCUGCUUUGCCAGAAGGUGGUUCUACUGGUGCUGGAAACUCCUCUACAACACCUACAUCAACACCGGCUCCUCUAGUGAGACUUUGUAUUCGAAACAGCUGUACUGGUGGAAAUAGCUUGUUACCCAGUACAAUUUCAGGGUCUGGGCCUUCAGGUGCUGCUGAAGCUCUUGCUAAGGAACUAUUAAUUGUACAUCCAGACCCUCAAAGAUUGACAAGAGCAAUAAUGACUGCAUCAAGUAGCUAUUCUAAUAAUAAUAAAGUACAGGUCUCAUCUGGAAGCAAAAAUUAUACAGUAAAAGUACCUUCAGAGCUUACAAAUGAUGACCUGAAGAAUUGGUUGAAAGCUGUUUGUAGUGGUGUGGGAAGCUGUGUUGGUAUGAUAAAAAUAGAUACAGAGGAUGCGCCUGGUCAACUAUGUUCACUUUGUGGAGAUUCAUCAUCUAAUAAUGUGUCAUCAGCUGUAAAGAGGCCCCUAAAUGAUGAGAAUAUAGCUAACGCAGAGGAGUGCUCUGCAAGCAAGGUGGGACGCGUGUCUCCAGAACGAGCAGAGCCUGCAUCAUCCACAACCACGACCAGUGGGGCACCUCCUCCACCGCCGCCGCAGACGCCGCCGGGGGACUGGUCUGUGGAAGACGUCAUCGGGUUUAUUGCUGCUGCUGAUCAGGCCCUUGCAGCACACGCUGACUUGUUCAGGAAACAUGAAAUCGACGGGAAAGCAUUACUAUUGCUGAAUUCUGGUAUGAUGAUGAAGUACAUGGGUCUAAAGUUGGGUCCUGCUUUAAAAAUUUGUAAUCUUGUUUCAAAAAUAAGAAAUCAUAGACAUUACAGCACCUAAUAGUAAUAACACCAUAAUAAUUUUGCUCUAAGAGUUUGAAACUGAGUUUCUGUUUUGUUUUGUUAAAUUAAGUAAGCUUUUCAUUAUCCUAAAUAGUCUGUUUUGUGCUUAUUUAAUUGCACGCACUUUCUGUCUAGAAUCUCAGAAAGAUUGGAUUAAUUCAUACAUUAAAGAACGUAGGAAACCAUCGUUUCUGUAUAAUUUCUAUGAAUAUAAUCAUGUCUGUUACACAAUCUUGUAUAAAUGAAUUAACUUCCAACAAAAAUUUUUGAAAUGGCAUUGUGUAUAGUAUAUUUUUGUAGGUACCUAUAAGUUUGAGAAAAUGCAUUUACUCUAAGAUUGUGCAAUGCUCAUUAUCUGAUAGUAAUAAAAUAUUGUUCUUUUCAGUUGUAUCAACAAUUUUAUCACAUGUCAUUGCCUGAUGAAAACAUAUUUUGGAAUUCAAAUUAUGAUCUUGUACAGAGAUUCUAUUAGUAGUUUAGGGUCUUAGUGCCUUUCAAUUAGAUGUAUUUACAUUUACACGUCCCAUAAUGCUGCUGUUGAAACAAUAACUUUUCGACACCAAUUACAUUUUAAUGUUUUGGAUAGCGAUUGUAUGGAUAUUUGAAAGAACGGUAUACUGUAGAUUGUAUCGUUUUAUAAUAAAAGUUUGAUGUAUUUAUGCUCUUAAAAUAAAGUAUUGGUUUGUUUUGCGGGAAAUUUAUACACUUGGCAGUAGAGGCCACAACAUUUAGUAUUUCUGCAUGUGUAUAUUCUCUGAGUAUGUGUACAAUAUCAUUUAAAUACAUCAUGAUGACUGAUGAUGAAUUGAAUUGUGACAGUUUUCAUAUCUAGUUCCUUGAAUGAGUGGUUGAAUGAAUUUUUACGAAUCGGAAUGUCUUGAAAAUUUUCGUUUCAAGUUUUCUAAUUUGCCAUUUUCAAAUGUUGUAAUGAUUAAAAAAUUAAUUCAUUAUGUGAUAUUUAAAUGUUAUAAAUUAUCGUGAUAAAAAAUUUAAAAUUAAACUGUUUAGUUAUAAUUCCUAAUUAAUGUAUAUGUAUUUUUAAGUUCACAUGACAUUAAUAAGUUAAGUUCGGUAUUUGACAGCUUAUUAUGUUCUUGUAUAUUUUUAGUUUUAAUUGGGCAAUUAAGUAAGAUUGUGGACAAGAAGAAAAAUUGGAAAAAAAGAAGAAAUAAACAAUAGUAACUAUGAAUUUAUUAAAAUUGAUCAGAAAUACAGAAUUAGUGUUUUUCAUGCUAUACAGUGAUAGUACUAUUUUGUAAAAUUGCACGAGGUCGCAGUAGAAAUUCUAGACGUGCAUUGGUCACACUAGGCAGAGAGCGAUCCCUCGCAAUCCCCGUAAAAAUAUAAAUCGCUUAUCUCAAAUCCACGACAGCCGAUUUUAAUAUAUGAAAUACAAGUUGUUUAAUUUUUUUUUGCUCAGAAAUUAUUUUGUCUUUUGCUAUUUAGUCAUUUUAUUAAUGAUUUAUUUUUAUGAGUCCGUAUUUUCGGACUAAGAAUGUCGAAAUGUAUCAAAGGUAUCGUUUUAUAGAUAUGUUGAUAAAUUUCAAUUUGCUUUCAUUUAUCUAGUUUUCUUAGGCUGGACUUGCUAUUUUAUGAGGUCAUCACCAUGCGGUCACCGAGUUCAUAGACACCGUAAUGUGAAUACCGUCGCUCACCUUAUGUAAAAUCAUUUCUACAAUUUAAUUGUCCAGCAUUACAUAACUUCGUCGGCAGAUAGCGAUUAAGUGAAGUAUGUAAAUAACACGAUGGAAAGCUUUAGGGAAUGCCUAAACAAAAAGGAGCUUUGGAGCAAUUCACCAUAGGCAAUAGCGACGAAUUCUUAAAUUCAAUGGUAUAAUUUUUUCCUAUCAAUUCUAUAAUGUUAAGACAACUUUGUAAUGGCGAUAUAUAAUAGAAAAUAAUUACUUGCACUUUCAUGGCUGUGUGAGCUAUAUAUUCUUAAUGGUUUAUAAAAUGUUACAGUGAUUGUUGUUGCUUAUUUAAUUAAAUCUUUAGCUUUUUGUCCGUGAAGAGAAAAUCAAAUAUAUAUUCAAUAUACAUGUACUGUAAAUAUUGAUUUGCGAAUAAUUUUCGCGAUGUAAAAUAAUAUUAUUUUGUUACAGUAGUAGAGUAUAUAAUUAAUUUAUGUACAUAGGCAGAUAUGUAUAAAAAUAAAUUGAAA